AUGUCAUCAAGGAAGCCAGGAGGUAUUGCAUUCAUACACCCAGAUUUGGGUAUUGGUGGUGCCGAAAGACUAGUUGUUGAUGUAGCCAUGGGUUUACAAAAUUUGGGCAAUCAAGUAGUUAUUUAUACAUCACAUUGCGAUCUCAAUCAUUGUUUCGAUGAAGUGAGCUCAGGUCAGUUGAAGGCGAUUGUACAUGGUGAUUUCCUACCCACGCUGUUUUACAAGAGGUUUCACAUACUAUUCGCAAUAUUACGACAAUUGUACUUGGUGCUUGUGUUGAUCAUCUCCGGAGACAUUAAAAACUAUGACUUUUUCAUAGUUGAUCAAUUGUCCUUUUGCAUCCCACUUUUGAAUUUAUUCAGUCUUGCAUCUACAAGAGUCCUAUUUUAUUGUCAUUUUCCCGACCAGUUAUUAACAAAAAGAGCCAGCUUGUUGAAGAGCCUAUACCGAGUGCCAUUUGAUUUCAUUGAAGAAUGGACUACAGGGUGCAGCGAUCAAAUUGUCGUCAAUUCAAACUUCACAAAGGGGAUUUUCCACAGCACCUUUAAGAAUUUACGCGAUAUUGACCCCGGUGUCAUUUAUCCUUGCAUCGAUAGCAACAUCGAGGAGACGGAAGAGACUCAUAAAUCAGAUGAAGAAGUUGUCAAUUUCUUCAAAAACUCGAAAUACUUUUUAUCUAUUAAUAGAUUCGAAAGGUCAAAAAAUAUAGAACUUGCCAUUAGAGCAUUUGCAAAACUGAAACGAAUUCUUCCGGGAAAGCCAAGAUUGGUCAUCGCAGGUGGGUAUGACGCUAGAGUGGUUGAAAACGUGGAGUAUUUGAAAGAGUUGACCAAACUUUGCGAUGAUUUAAAAUUGACAAAUUUUACCAUACGAGGUAAACUUUUAGUCAUGCCACCAUCAACCGAAGUUUUGUUUCUACCAAGUGUUAAAACAUCCUUAAAAACAUCGCUCUUGAAGCAUACUGAACUACUAUUGUACACCCCAGGAAGAGAGCAUUUUGGUAUUGUUCCGGUUGAAAGUAUGCUUUACCAAACACCGGUCUUGGCAAUAAAUUAUGGAGGACCUUUGGAAACAGUUGUGAAUUACAAUGGUACCAACCUUGAUGAGGCAACAGGCUUUACCGUUCCAGGCGACCAUGAACAAUGGGCAAAAACUAUUACCAAAUAUUUUAAUGAGACCGGUGAUGAAGUUAAAAAGCAAUUGGGAAAAAAUGGAUAUCAUCGAGCCAUUGAGAAGUUUUCCCGUAAUGAAACGAGCUAUGAAUUUGUUAAAAAUUUGGAGUAUUCAGCAAGAAGUAAGAAGAGAGUCAUAAUCCCUCAUUGGGUACUUUCAUUGGCUCCUGUUGCUAUUCUAGUCUUUGCAUAUAUUGUUUUCAAGUCUAUUCAAUAG